AAUUACCAAGACGUAGUCUCAGACUUUAUUGAGGCAACCUCAGUAUUCUGAGGCGCACGCAGAGUACCCUCGAAGACAGUCUUGAGGACGCAGCCGGCUCCCGCGAGACCUGUUGGAGCAUGCGCAUCAGUAACCCCACCCACCAGCCGGCUGAAAGGCGGGCUCGGAGUCGGCCACGUAAAGCGAUUGGUUCUGCUCAGGGGGGGGGGGUCUGACUUCCGCCGGACGCCGGAAAUGGCUCUCCGCCCCUGUCAGUGGGCCAUGGAGACUGUGGCACAGUAGCGUCUGAGUAGUGAGGAUUGCGAGGCCGACGGCCAUGGAGGCCGUGCUGAACGAGUUGGUGUCUGUGGAGGAUCUGCUGAAAUUUGAAAGGAAAUUUCAGUCUGAGAAGGCAGCAGGCUCGGUGUCCAAGAGCACGCAGUUUGAAUAUGCCUGGUGUCUGGUGCGAAGCAAGUACAACGAUGACAUCCGUAAAGGCCUUGCUCUGCUGGAGGAGCUGCUACCCAAAGGGAGCAAAGAGGAGCAGCGGGAUUAUGUCUUCUACCUGGCCGUGGGGAACUACCGGCUCAAGGAAUAUGAAAAGGCCCUAAAGUAUGUGCGCGGGCUGCUGCAGACAGAGCCACAGAACAACCAGGCCAAGGAACUGGAAGGGCUCAUUGACAAGGCCAUGAAGAAAGAUGGACUAGUGGGCAUGGCCAUUGUUGGAGGCAUGGCCCUGGGCGUGGCCGGACUGGCUGGACUCAUUGGACUUGCUGUAUCCAAGUCCAAAUCCUGAACGAGACUGCAUCUCCGCCUCUGCCCGGGGAUACAUGGGAGCCCGUGGAGGACACUGGAGAGACCCCUCCUGACCCCCGUCCCUCUUCCCCUGCACCCCGGCACUGUCCUCUGUGGCCUUCAGUCCCUCCCCCCGAGACCUGUCCUCUAGCCCCAAAUCAUGUGCUGUGGGACAAGUGUAAAUAAACUGGGCUUUGGCUUGGGA